AGUGUGUGUGAGUGUGUUAAAGUCUAAGAGCGGAUUUUCUCUCUCUCUCUCUUUCUCUCUCUCUUCUUCUUCUUGUUGCAGAUCACAUUGCGACAGAAGAGACGGACAACCAUGCACGACUUUCCCAUCCUCUGUGCGGCUCUGUGUUUGGGAUUUUUACUCAGUAAAGCUCCCGGCUUUAAAGCUGAGACUCUGCACCAUGACUUCCUCCAGGAUAUUUUAACGGUUUACGGUCAGGACCGGUUAUUAGAUAUUAACGGGAUUAACACUUUACUGGAAACCGUCUCUCAGGGAAAACCGGCAGAGCUGGACAUAAUCAAUGCGCAUGCGCAGUGCGGAUCUGCAGAGGAGAUUCUUGCUCUCUAUGGUCUCAGCAAUCAGACACACCUGGACAAGGGUCACCUGAGGACCAUCUGCCCCACCCUCCUAAACAGAGCACUUCUGCCCCCCUGUCCUCUACAAGCAGCUGAGCCUAAAAUACACAUAGGGAGUCAAGUGUGGGGAUAUGGCUUCCUGGCGGUUACCAUCAUCAACCUGGCCUCCUUUUUGGGUCUCGCCCUCAUCCCCUUCACCAAGAAACCAUACUUCCCUAAAGUGCUCACGUACUUCAUCGGACUGGCCAUCGGGACGCUGUUCUCCAACUCCGUCCUGCAGCUCAUACCUGAGGCACUGGGGUUUGACCCGAAAGCAGAUAACUAUGUCAUGAAAGCUGUUGGGAUCUUCGGCGGAUUUUAUCUACUCUUCUUCACGGAGAGGAUCCUGAAGAUGGUCCUAAAGACAGACCAUGAGCAUGGCCACAGUCACUUCAGUCCUCCUGAGGUUCCUCAACAGAACGGAGCAGCCGUCAUAGCCAUCACCAGCUUCAGCAUCUCAAACAGCGACAAGAGCAGCAUGACUUCAGAAGCUACAGUGGAGCAGACGCCGCCGUCUCGGGGUUGCUGUGCAAGGCUGGCGAGCGUGAAGACGCUGGCGUGGAUGAUCACGCUCAGUGACGCUCUUCACAACUUCAUCGACGGCCUGGCCAUCGGCGCGUCCUUCACCGUCUCCAUACUCACCGGCUUCAGCACCUCCAUCGCUAUCGUGUGUGAGGAGUUCCCUCAUGAGCUUGGUGACUUUGUGAUCCUGCUGAACUCGGGGAUGAGCAUCAGGCAGGCCGUGCUGUUUAACCUGCUCUCAGCCAUGUCCUGUUACGUAGGCUUAGUGUUGGGGAUCCUGCUGGGCAGCACGUUCGCACCGAAUGUCAUAUUUGCCCUCGCUGGAGGGAUGUUUCUCUACAUCGCCCUCGCUGAUAUGUUUCCUGAGAUGAACGCCAUCGCUAAGGAGCACAGAGGGAACAUCAAGACAGACGUGGCGUUUUUCAUCAUCCAGAACGCUGGGCUCCUCACCGGGUUCUCCGUCAUUCUGCUCAUCACCAUGUUCGCUGGAGAUAUUAACCUGGGCUGAGCCUUUCCGACUCAACAACACCGCGUGCCUUAGUCCUUAACAAAAAGAACAAUACUGACUGUAACGAUACACUAGAUCAUGAACUAACACUUUUGUACAGCUGAUAGAUUUCUCAGCAUGAGAAUAUUUUUAAUGACCAAAAUCAAGUAUUCACUAUUUUUGUAUAUUGUUUUAAUCAAUAGCAAAAUGUUUUGUCUAAUCAACCAAAAAUUUCUUAUUUGAAACAAUGCAUGUAUAUUUUCUUACGAUUCAAGUUAGUAACAUAAUACUACGUUGCUUUAGUAGUAUUUAUGAAAGCCAUGUAAAGAAUUUGUGAUUGUAGCUGGUUUACACAUCUGUCCUUCAUUAGCUAGACAAAUGGUCAGUAAACCGAUUCUUACAUAAAGGAUUGAAUCUUUAUA